AUGUCUGAAAUCCCCGAGGGAGAUUACGAGAAAGGAAAGAAGGUCUUCAAACAGCGUUGCUUGCAAUGCCACGUUGUCGACUCAAAGGCCAUGAAGACCGGCCCGACUCUUCACGGAGUCAUCGGAAGAACUUCAGGAACGGUGCCUGGAUUCGACUAUUCCCCAGCUAACAAGUCAAAGGGAGUCGUCUGGAACAGAGAGACACUUUUCGACUACUUAAGGGAUCCAAAGAAAUACAUUCCGGGCACAAAAAUGGUGUUCGCAGGAUUGAAGAAAGUCGACGAGAGAGCCGAUCUCAUCAAGUUCAUUGAGGUUGAGAGUGCCAAGCCCGUC